UCGAUAACUUAUGUUUUCAUGUGUUUACAGUAGAGCCACACCUAAAGAAAGGAGAGUCCUGAGGCUUCGGAAAAACUGCCUGGUUUCUCUAAACCUUGCAAGAUAGAACUUUUGUUUAGAUCUAGUUUUGCAGGGGAUACUCUGAGCUAUCUAUCCAUGUAAAAAAGUCAAUAGACUCCUAUGGCAGUUUUCAGAAAUCCAGCGUGGUUUUUCAGAGGUCCUUUGAAAAACCGAUCUUAAGAUUUUUUCUUAGAAACGAUUUUGCUUAUGAAAAUAUGCGUCUGCGUCUUGGCUAUCAAACGGUGAAAACCGCAGGUCUCUAUCUUGUUCCUAUCAAACGUUAUUCAAAAUGCAACCGACUGCCUUGACUUCUGAAACGGAUAAUAGUAACAAGUAACUGACUUCGUUACUUCUCUAGAAAGUAACGGUUUUUCGUUACUUUCUGGUGAAGUAACGAAGUAACUAAGUUCAUUACUAGUUAUAAGUAAAGUAAAGAUAAAGUGCCGCGUCUACUGGUGCAUACCUAGGUAUAAGCAUUCGAUGGCUUAUCGAUUUGGAGCCCACCGGUUCCAGAUAGGUAGCGAGCCCAUGAGAAAAAGUCGAAGCGAUCGAGCAAAGAUGCUCGAGACUUCGGAGCACUCUUUGCAUCCUCGGGCGUCUCUUCGUCUGCUUGGGUCCUAAACAUCUCUGUUCAACGGCGCGGGAUUUUUCUCGAGGGCUCGCUAUCUAUCUGGAACCGGAGGGCUCGAAAUCGAUAACCCUCAAACAUCUAUAUCGAGGGUCCAAAGUCUCAUGUUUCGAGGGGUCGUGCCCUUGGCGGGGCUCAUCGAAAGCCUAUUUUCGAGUACUCGAAAUACCGCUUGAAUAAGUGGUGGAAUAUAUUAACUGUUAGUCGCAGUCUAUCGGAAUGAAGACAGCAAGGUUUUUAAAAGAAACUUCGACAUUUAUUUACAAAAAACCAUCAUCUCGAGCAGUGAACCCGUGAGACUGGUGUAGAAUUAUCAUGCUCAAUUACAUAUAUCCAGAUCAAUCCUCAUCAUAAAAUUCGUAGAGAAUGUGGUACUCAGUACAUGUGAGAAGUUUGUCAUGUUUUACGCGCACGUGCAAAACUUAAUAGAACCAAAUCACGUAAGAAAAUAAUGUAGCUAUAUGUGCGAGAUAACAGGAAAAACAUCCAGGUAAAGUGUUAAGAGUUUGUUCUUGAAACUGACUUUUUCUCGAAAUAUUAUUACUAUCGUUAUAAAUUUAGAUCAAAUUUCACAACUAUUUUUCUAGUGACAUCAUUUAUGUUUGAUAUAAAUGUUAUAUAUAAUUGUAGAGUUCUAUGAGCUCUCUUAAGAAUGUAAUAAUUAACUGAUUGUUUGUUCGAACAUAAAACAAAAAUUUUUUAGGUUUCGUUUGCUCACUAUGGUGUGAACAACUUCUAAUUCUGUUAAAAAGGGAUUGUUCAGUUUUAAACUUUCACUAUAAUUGAAACUUCAUUGACAUUGAAAAGCAAUAGCUUAUGUUAACACGCUGCUCAACUUUUGAAGAAGAAUCAGUAGUUUAAGUUUAUAACUGAUGUUUAAGGUUUUCCCCCUGCGAUACAAGCCCUUAAAAAGGUUUCUAGUGGUUUAAAACAACCGUCGAGAGCCGAUAGUCUCAGGUCUACUACAGCCAUUUCCCUUAAUUAUCAGUGUAUUGUGUGAAAAAAAAAACAUUUGGGUUAUAAUUCCUAAUUUUUCUCUGGAUUCUAUACACCGUCAUUCAAAGAAAAUACACCGGUGUGAUCACUGAUGCAUGUUUUGUUCUGAUACAGAAAAUGAUACCUAUGAGACAACCCUGUCUUUGGGAGUGGUGCUGCGUUCGCAUGUGUGAAUUUUUUGUUUGAUUUUAGAAUGUCGAUUAACCGGUCCAAAAUUGGGUUGUGGAGAAGGAGGUUGUGGUGCUUGUACCGUGUUAAUCUCCCAUUAUGAUCAUACAUCAGAAAAGGUCGUUCACCGUGCUAUCAAUGGAUGUUUGGCUUCCAUUUGUUGUGUAGAUGGCUGUCAUAUAACAACUGUAGAAGGUAUUAGUAGUAUGAAAAAUAAUAGUAUACAUCCUAUACAAGAACGUAUUGCUGAAUUCUACGGAUCACAAUGUGGUUUUUGUACACCUGGUAUGGUCAUGGCACUUUAUGGCACAUUGAAUAAUAUUGAAAACCCGACAAUGAGAGACAUUGAAGAUUCAUUUGAUGGUAAUUUAUGCCGCUGUACUGGUUAUCGACCAAUAUUAGAUGCUGCAAAAACAUUUGCAUGUGAUAAAAAAUCCAAGGUUAAAGAAUCGAACGAUUGCAACAGCAAUAAAAAAGAAAAUCUCAAUACAGUUAUAAGUACAACAGAAGAUAAAUUAUUAAAAUAUGACGAUACAAAAUGUCCAGCAUUAGAAUUUCCACCACCACUAUUACACCAUAAACCACAAUCACUACAUAUUAAAGGUCCGCUCAGUAUUACAUUAGCUAAAAGCCGGGAAGGUGAAUCUGUUGAAUGGUAUCGUCCAACAACAUUAACUGAACUUCUCUCAUUAAAAAAUGAGUAUUCAACAGCAAAAAUAGUUUCAGGGAAUACAAUGGUGCAAAUUGAACGAAAAUUUAAAAAUAAAAAUUAUCCCAUUCUCAUUGGCGUUGCGCAUAUUCAAGAAUUAAAUGUUAUAGACAAAUUAGAAAAUGGUAUUAUCGUUGGUGCUGGUGUAACAAUGACAAAAUUAACAGAAUAUUUGGAAUUACGAUUAAAGACAUUACCAGAACAUCAAAUGAGUACAUAUCAUACACUAUUGAAUCUACUACAUUCUUUUGGUUCGCAACAAAUUCGAAAUGUGGCUACUAUUGGUGGUAAUAUUAUUCAUGGAUCGCCAAUAUCCAGUUUAAAUCCAGUUUUACAGGCAUGCGAUGCUAAAGUAAAAUUAAUUAAAUGUGGGAGUACUGAGCAACGUGAAGUAACACUAAGAAAAUUUUUCUUGCCGGAUAGAAAAGUUGAUGCUGAACAGGAUGAAAUUUUAUUAUCAGUUUAUAUUCCAUUCACAGAAAAAUAUGAGUAUUUACAAUGGUACAAACAAUCGAAAAGGCGGAAAUUUGAUGUCCCCAUUAUUUGUUGUGGUUUUCAAGUUAAAUUAGAACAAAUUCAAUCUCAAAUAAAUGGUUGUGUUCAAGAAAUGAAAUGGAAAAUUCAGUCAGCGUGUUUUUCAUUUGGCAGUAUGGCAUCGUCCACAAUUAUGGCGAGCAAGACAAAAGACUAUCUCAAGGAUAAACCAUGGUGUAAACAAACAAUGAAUGAUGCUUUAAAAUCCCUGUUAGAUGAAUUACCAUUGGAUGAAUUCGCACAAGGCGGACAACCAGAAUAUCGGUAA